AUGUUGCGUCCCGAUAUUUUACAAGCGUUGCUUCAGGUACAAAGGAGUUCGAGUUGCACUUGCUUUCUUCACAACCCCUCUCCAUCAUUAUUAUCUCCCGACAGAAAUGUCGAAACUGACAAAUAUAUUAAAUCCGGAGAAUGUGCCCAAAAUGACAUUGAUGAGCGUGAGGCGACACCAGCUUCAGCGUCUGAUAUUCAAGUUAGCAGCGAGACCUCGAAAAACUAUUCUUCAAUGCCGGAUCAGGCUGGCCGUUUUGCUAGCGACCACGAACCCCAUCCUGGCUGUCCAGACACGUUGGCGUGUCUAACUGAUACUGAGAGCCGGCCACAGCAUACACUACCUGUGAUUCUUCGUUGCGCCAUACUGGGAAGUCCGAACAGGCGCCUUACUAUUCGCGAGAUCUACGCAGCUAUGGAGGCGAAGUACCCAUAUUACAAGACUGCAGGGCCUACAUGGAAGCAAUCAGUUCGGCAUCAUCUCUCCCUCAAUCGUCUUUUUGAACGUCAGCCGCGACCUGUUACGGAUCCGGGCUUCGGUUCUUACUGGACAGUGAAUCUCACAGCGCCGCCUGGUACCAAACGACCUAGGAAACGGGGCAGGUCGGCUAAGGAUGGGGCGGACGGUGACCCUGCACCUCCGAAAAAACGAGGACGACCCCAUAAAAUGUCUUCACUUCCUCCAACGAGAGGGUCCACGCCACGACCAUCCGCUCAUGAUGGUCAAGAGGACGUAAAGGUGAACUGUGAAGGAGACGACUUCCUGUUAUCGGAGGAUGAUUGUGAGAGCGAAGAGGAGCUCAUACACCCUUACGAUAGACGGGAUUCUCUCGUCGGUCUUACAUCGUUUGUGCCUUCAAGACCUCCCCAUUCGUACAGUCUGCCACCGUUCUCUUCCAUAAAUCAACCGUCGGAGUCUCUGGCCGAACAUAUGCAGGAUAUGAAGACCGAAAAUGCUACCCUCCGCCGCCAGUCGGCAGAAGCUGUUGUAGUAUCUUUGCGACUUUCGGAACAGCUUUCUCAAGCUCAGGCUGAGGUAACGAGGUCAAGAUCGACUGUCAGGGACCUAGAAGACCUCCUUGAGGAAGAAAUUCUACGGCGUAGAAAUGCUGAACGCACGGUGGCUGAGGAAGGGAAGCGGAGGCGCAUUGCUGAGGAGGCAUUGGCUAUCGUAGUCUCUCAUUCACCUGAUCGUAAUCAACAACCCAAUUAA